CAUAAUGAGCUAAAUAUGACUAAAGAGCAGCAGCGACCACAACAGCUACAGCUACAGUCAAUAUGCUUAGCCAGUGAGCAAAGUCAAACAAUAGAAGAGCUCUACACAGACGCGCGCGAAACGUCGUCAGAGCAAGUGGAUGGUCAGCAGCUAGAGCAGCUAGAGCAGCAACAGCAGAUAGAUUAUAGUUUGCCAUACGGUUUGAUCCCAGCCAACGUGCACGUAACCCUAAACGAGGCCGCGUCGCGUCCAGGAAUAGAAUUGCUCAAGUGUGCGCUGAGUGUUGUCUUGCUUGACGCCAGUCAGCUUGAUUUGAUUGAUUUGUUGUUGGAGCUGGUGCAGCUGAUUGCCACGCCCGCAGCAACAAGUACGGGUAACUAUUGGAGCGUGCCGGUGACGCAGCGUGCGGUUAGCGAAUGCGUGGACAUGACCAUCAGUAAAGUGAGUGACGAGAGUGAAGCGACAGCCAACAGCGUUGCUGAAGUGUUAAGCGAGCAAAUUGAGGAACAGCAGCAAACAGCGGAUGAUAAUAGCAGCAGCAGCAACAACAAUAGCGAGGAGAUGAAGUACGAUCUGUUGAAGAGCAGCGCGCAUUUGACGGAAGCGCUGCCACGACGACUUUCCAACUCAACAGCAGCAACUGUUGUUGCGCCCGUAGCAGCAACACUUGCGCCAACGAGUCGUAUACGUGAUAUGCCCAGCGCACUUUUAACUGAAACGCUGCCGCGACGACUUUCCAACUCGACAGCAACUGCAACUGUUGUUGCUCCUGUAUCAGCAACAUUAGCGCCCACGAGUCGUAUACGUGAUGUAAUUACACCCAGCGCACUUUUAACUGAAACGCUGCCUAGACGACUGUCCAAUACAACAGCAACUGUUGCUCCUGUAACAGCAAAUACAACGCCUACGAGUCGUAUACGCGAUUUACAUACAAGCAGCGCGCUUUUAAACGAAACGCUGCCCAAACGUCUUUCCAGCAGCACAGCCUAUGUAGCACCUGUAUCAGCAACCAUUGCUGCUCUGCCUGCAACAACAACGAGUCGUAUACGCGAUGCUCCACUAAGCAGCUCGCGUCCUUUGCUGGGCGAGCUAAAACGCAGCUCUACAAGUCGUGAAGAUGUUUCGAUUGAUGUGGAUUCUUUGCUGCCGGAGCGCACGCGUCUGCGUCGGCAACGUCGCAUGCGCUCGCAGGAAUCUGUAGAGGAAACACCUGAGGAAGUGCUGGCGCGUCUGAAUAAGCUGAAGGAGCGCAUCACAGCCUCACUUAGCGAGGUUAAGAAUGUCAUCAAGCAAUACAGCACGGACAGCGAAGUGGAGGGAGCAACAAACGCAACGGCAGAGCAAACGGAGGAAGCGAAGCCAGCAGCAGCAGCAGCAGCACCAGUGACAUUUCGUUUUGUAAAGAAAGUGCGCAGGCGCAGCUACUUUGAUGAGGCGGAGGAGGAGCGUGCCAAGGAGGAGGAGCAAGCCAAAGAGCAGGAGCAGGCAGCAGCAACAACUCCUGACGCAGAUAUUAAAAAAGAAACUAAUCAAGCGCAAAUAGAAACGAAAACGGAAGUCCAGGCACAAGCAGCAAACGCCACAGCAGCAUCAAAGCCAGAGCAGCAACAGCCAGAAAAAUUGCAGCAAGCAGAAACAAAGCAGCCCAUAAAAACGUUAGAAAAUAUUGCAGAGGCAGCAACAGUUGCCGAGAAGCAACCACAAGCAGUUGAAUUGCAACAGCAAUCAGUUAAGGAAGCACAAGCAAAACAAGAGCAGCCAGCUAUAGCAACAUUGCAGCCAAAGCAGCAGCAAUCAGCAAUCAAAACAGAAAAGGACAAAGUGCAAGCUAAGCUGGAAUUUCUAGCCAAGGUGCAAAGUGAGCUUAAGUCGAAAAAAGAAGCAAAGACGCCUGCAAUCAACGAGCCAUUGCAGCAGCAGCAGCAGCAACAACCCGUUGAGGGGCUAGAGGCCACAACAACAACAGCAGCAUUGCCAAAUGAGUCAGCCAAGCAAACAGAGACAGCAACUGCGGAAAGUGAAGACAGCAAGCCAAAGAAAACUAGCGGCAGCAAGAAGAAAGUAAUUGUCAAGCUGCGUAAUCCGCGACGCGCUUCAAUUGCUGCUGUGGAGCCAUCAAAGAUUGAUGUGCCCAUCGAGCCCGAGCAGCUUGAUGCGCUAACACAAAGGCGACCCUCCGAUACGGAGGCAAUUAUCAAGCGUAAGAAGAAGCUGAAAUUAACGAGCAGCAUUGCCAAUGCAACAGCAGCAACAACAAUUGCUUCCGGCAGCAAUCAGUUGCCGCCAACAGCAAUAAAUGAACAACUUGUAGCUGCAAAGGUCAACAGCAAUGAAACUGCCAAGACAAUUGCCAAAAUCAGCAGCGAAGCAGGCCAAGCGACAACAGCAGCAGCAACUACAGCGACAGCAGCAGCAGCAAUAGCUGUGCCUCAACAAUUGCCAAUUGCAGCAGCAGCAGCAGCAACUAAUCAAGCGGCAGCUAGCGAGCCAAGCAGACGCGCCAGCCUGAAAUUAGCCGAGCUAGUGGGUGAAACGGUGCUGGUGGUGCCCACAGCAACCACAACAGCCGAACAGGAUAUUGCAACAGGAACUGCAACCAGCUUAAUUAACAGCUCAUUAAACGCGUGCAAGGAACCCAUUAAUCAGUCAAUAGCUGCUCCAGGCGCCAGCGAGCAAACAGCAACAACAACAACAACAACGCAACAGGUGGCUGUCGCCGGCGUAGCUGACAUUGAAGCGCCGCCAAUCGCAAGCGUUGCAGCAACGCCGCAAAUAGCGACGACAUUGAAUGAAAAGUCAACGCCACAACAACAGCAAUCAGAACAACAACAACUAGUCGUUGCUACAAAAGACAGCGACGCAUCAACAGCCGAGAACAGUCUCAACGCCAUGCCGGAGCUGAAAGUACUGACGGGUCCGGUGCAGCCCGUAAAAAUCGAAACCGUUGAGCAGCAGCAGCCACACGAUGAAAGUGGUUUGUCGGUCAAGAAAAAGACGACGACACAUUUGAAGAAACUAGUGCGCAAAAAUUCCAUAGACAAAGGCAAGGAAAAGGUGCCGCUGGUCAAGAGCAAAGAUGAAGUGGAUGAGGGCAUCAAGCUUAACAAUAUACUCAGAGAUAAGAAUAAAAUAAGCAAUUUAACUGAUAGAAUCAAUAAAUUAACACCGCCCAAGAAGCAAAUACAAAAGGCAAAAGAGCCGACUGCGCCGGCAGCAGCAACAGUUGCUGCACCAGAACCUGAGCAGCAAGCAGAGCAACAGCCAGAUGAGCCGCUCGUUAUAGAGCCUGCUGUUGAAGAAGCCUUGCCUGCACCUAAGAAACCCAGACAAAUCAAAAAGAAAGUCAUUAUCAAGCGUCAGAAGCGUAAGCUCUCCAUAGGCGACACUUUCUUUAUACAACAAGAGGUGGAGGAGCCCAAGGUGCCUGAAAUUGAAACCAUUGAGAAAACCAUUGCUUAUGUAACUGACGAUGAGGCUGAGUCGGAACCCGAGCCUGAACCAGAGCCACCGAUGCUCAAGUCCUGCCUGCAUGUGCGUGAAUAUAAAGUGGGCGACCUGGUGCUCUAUGCCGAGCGUUAUCGCAAGACUCAAGUGCGCUGGAAGCGCGGACGCGUGCUCGAGCGCAUUACCAGCAUUUCCUACUUGCUCGAUAUUGAGGGCAAGGAGGUAGCUGCGCAUAUAAGCUAUAUGAAGAAGAAUACGGGACGCAAGGUCAAGUUUGUGGGCAAAGAGUAUCUGGAGAUUGACUAUGAGCAGGUAGUGGAGGAGGAGCGACGCGCGCGCAGCUAUAGCAUAUGGAAUAUGGUAUAAAACUUAAUUGCAGUCUACCCAAAACCCGCCAAAUUGUGAUCGUCGCCCAACCCGAAAGACUUUGAGUGGAAUUAAAAAAUUGCCAAAAUAGACAAUUUUUUAAGGAUCUCAAAAACUUACUGACAUUCAGUUAUGUUUUAGUGUGUACUUGUCGCUUUAGUUAGUCUCUAUGUUAGCUUAGUCUUAGUUCAUCCUAGUGUUAGGUAUUUAGUGCUCUAAUUUUUGUAUCUAUGUAAAUAUCAAGGAAUUAUUUAAGCAAGCAAGGAAUUUGUUAUAAAAUUUUCAAGUUGCCUUCUAUUAAUUUGAAUUAACUCGUUGGUAAAGCAACGAGUGUGCAGUAACGUGUAGCUGUUUUUGUGCUGUUCAUUUUUAGUUAAACGUGUAGCAAAGCAGCGAGUUUUCUUUAAUUUUAAUUUAACUAUUUUAAUUUUUCAACGAUAACGAAUUUGUUAUAAAAUUUA